AUGAGGAAGGUGAUAAUAAUUGAUGGGACCCACGUGAAGGGAAAGUUUGUUGGGUGCUUGCUGACAGCAAGUGCACAUGAUGGGAACUACCAGAUAUUUCCCAUCGCUUUUGGGGUAGUUGACAGCGAGAACAACCAGGCAUGGUCAUGGUUCUUCAACAAACUACUUGCGGUGGUUCCGGAUGCUGAGGACCUAGUCUUCAUCUUAGACAGGCACACCGCCAUUUACUCGGGAAUACUGAGGGUUUAUCCGAUGGCCAAGCAUUGUGCUUGCUUGCUACAUCUACAGAGAAACGUGCAGACAAUCUUCAAGAAGAGACAUUUGCUUUACCUGCUGAGAAAAGCAGCAAGAGCGUACAAGAUGGAGGAUUUCUACAGGCACUUCAACGAGAUAAAGGUUGUUGACAUCAUCGCCUGUGCAGACUAUCUGAUCAGGGUAGGGCUUGAACACUUGGCGAGGUCGCUAUUUGAGGGAGCUAGAUACAACAUAAUGACAAGUAACCUGGCAGAGUCACUGAAUGCAGCGCUAUCUGAAGCAAGGGAGUACCCAAUUGUGCCACUGCUGGAGUAUGUCAGAUCAAUGAUGAUGGGAUGGUUCGCUACAAGGCGGGAAGCAGCAGCAAGAAAUGUGGGAGCGCUAACUCCGAAGGUAGCUGAAAUUCUCUCAAAGAACUUCACAGAUUCGACAGGAUAUGCGGUGAAAGUCAUCAUAAACGAAGAGUACAAGGUUGUGGAUGGCAAUGGAAUGUAUUACCGUGUCGACCUUGAGAGGAAGACUUGCUCGUGA